AUGAGUGAUGGAUAUAAACCGGACGAGUAUCUUUCAACAAUAGAUGCAAUAUUAAGCGUCGCAAACCUUGAACAGGUAACAGUCAAGAAGAUAAGGAAUGCUUUACAAGAGCUUUUUGGAGUGAAUUUAAAACCACAUAAGAAAGAGAUAAAUGAGGUUAUAUUAGAAAGAUACUACGAUCUUGUUAAUAAAAGGAAAGAGGAUACAAGAACGGAAGAAGAAAGGAAAAAAGAAGUAGAAAAGCAGGAUGCAUUGAUGGCUGUAAGGCUUCUGAAGUCGAAUCUCAAGACACCUGUUAAGAGACAGAAGAAAGCAUCGCCUAAAAAGACAAAGGAGAAAGAUCCAGCCAAAAACAGAAACAGUGCGUUUUUCCAAGAACAGCAUUUGUCGAAUGAACUUGCAGAUGUACUAGGUGUAGAAAAGUGCUCUCGGCCCCAAGUGGUGAAACAACUUUGGACCUAUAUCAAAGAUAAUAACCUACAGAAUCCCGACGACAAAAGACAGAUUAUAUGUGAUACUAAACUUCAGGCAUUGUUCAAAAAGAAAUCGGUGGGAGCAUUUGAAAUGAACAAAUUCUUGAGUCAUCAUAUAUUUAAGCCGGAGGAGGUUCAUCAGCCCACCAAUGAACCAGAUCAAAAUAGCGACUCUAGUGUAAAUAAUGAAAAACCAAAGCCAGUAAAGUCCAAGACCACUAAACUGGAAUCAAAGGCCCAAGAUUCCUCGCCAGAAAGUGAGGAACAAUAG